AUGCUCGCUUGUGUCUCUGCAGCGAGUAAUGUUCUACAACAAUACAGGAAGAUUCCGUCUUCGGGUCCAAGGGAGCUUACGCCAGCCAUGGUUCACUCCAUUGAAGAGCUGACAAGCCAGCGAAAAGGGGAAAGAAAACUGAAACCCAGAAGUAGGCACAGUGAUUCAGAUUCAGAGUAUGUUCCUCCCAAACAUCAGUUUGCUCCUCUUUCAGAAUCCGAGAGCAAAAGCUCUGAUGAUGAGGCUUCGAGCCGAGGAGAUACUCUGCCUUGCUCCCCUACCCCAGAAGCUUCGGUUCUCUCUCCACCUCCUUCUCCUCCACCUGUUACCAUUCCAGUAUCCAUCCCUCCUAUAUUUCCUAUCCCAACCACUCAACCAUCCACUACAACUCCCAUCCCUACUCCUAUAUUCAUAGACACUACUACCACCACUACUACCAUAAGGGCUCAUUAUACAUCUCCCAAUCCACCCGUUACAACCAAACCACCAGUAACCACCGAACCUCCAACCACUACCAAACCCUUAUCUCCUACUCCAUCUAUAGAAACCACCCCAGUUCUAGGUGGUGAGGACUUGGAAUUUGAUUCCACGUAUUUUAGUCCUUACCGUGUCCAUAGUGAGGAUGAUGAUGAUGAGCCUGUUACAAAGCGUCAUCUCAAGGAAGUAAAAGAAAAACUCGAUCAACUGCUCUCAUCCUCUUCCUCUACAGCUUACUCUGAAGCUGCUUUAAAGGACUUGUUCUCAUCUGUCGUUCAAGAAGACAGCGCCUCGCUCUCUGUGGCCGCUAAAGCUAUUGAAGCCUCCACUUCUUAA